GCUCCUGAGUCGCUCCAGCUCUGAGAGGCUGCUGAAGGACCUUCGGUCGGAACACAGACACAAAGAUCCACCUGCACCUGCACCUGCACCUGCCCGGAGGCUCCGCGAGGACACGAGCAACUUCUGCAGACAUACACCGACAGCUGAGCCUGAGGAAGAUGAAACUGGAUGUGCCCCUUCCUGUACUGCUGUGUACCAUCUGUCUCCUCGUCCUGCCGUCGUCCUCUACCCACCACCACGAGUCAGAUGACUCGAAGCUGCUGCAGGUGACCAUCCCCACCACCCCGCCUGUGGUUGCUGUGCUGGGCGGCUCUCUGACGUUACCCUGCCUGGUGUCUCUGGCCCAUCCACCGCCAUCCCCCUCCACCAACGGCCGCCACGCCGUGCUGUCCCUCCCCCGGGUAAAAUGGAGCGUGCUGACUCAGGGCCGAGAGACGGAGAUCCUGGUGGCCCGCGGCGACAGGGUGAGAGUCAGCGAGGCCUACAAAGACAGAGCCUCGCUGCUCAACUACGCCUACUCCCCCGCCGACCUCACCCUGCGGCUGGAGAGCCUGAGGCAGAACGACACCGGCUUCUACCGCUGCGAGGUGCAGCAGGGCCUGGAGGACGCUGAUGACGUGGCUCAGGUCAAGGUCAAAGGGGUGGUGUUCCAUUAUCGUGAUGCAUCCAGCCGCUACGCCUUCACCUUUGAGCGGGCCAGAGAGGCCUGCGAGGAGAUCGGGGCUGAAAUUGCCACUCCAGAGCAGCUCCUGGCCGCCUACCACAGCGGAUACGAGCAGUGUGAUGCAGGCUGGCUCUCAGACCACUCAGUGAGAUAUCCCAUCCACACACCAAGAGAGGGCUGUUUUGGGGACAUGGAUGGAUUGCCGGGGGUGAGGAACUAUGGACUGUUAGAGCCUGAUGAGCUGUACGACGUCUACUGCUACGUGGAGAAUAUCGAUGGUGAAGUGUUCCAUGGCUCUGCCCCCCAGCGCUUCACCUUCUGGGAGGCCAAGGCCUACUGUCUGAGUCACGGGGCCGAGCUGGUCACCACAGCUCAGCUGUACGCAGCCUGGAAUGAUGGACUGAACCUCUGCAGCCCGGGCUGGCUGGCAGACGGGAGUGUGCGCUACCCCAUCGUCACCCCCAGAGAGCGCUGUGGAGGCGGUGAACCCGGGGUCAGAACUGUGUAUCGCUACAGCAACCAGACUGGCUUCCCUGAGGCUCACACUCGACACGACGUCUACUGCUUCAGAAGCCAUAAUGGCCCUUACACAGAAUCUCCUCAGGAUUUUCUUGCCACGGAGCCAGAGGACAUUGGCCAGGACAUUGUUUUCUUAACUAAUCCUGCAGAGGAGGAGGUGGAGGAGGUGGAGGAGGAGGGGUUCAGCCUGAGCGAGGUGACGGCUAAGGAGGGUGAAGAGGUCCAACAUGCCCAGACAGCCAAUCCCGUAAAGCAGGGCCCGGUGGAGGCUCACUCCCCAACAUUGGGUUAUGAGAAGGUGGAUGUUCAUCAGACUGUCACUCCUCCAGCUGAGCAUCAGGUGCACGAGGUCAUAGAGAAGGCCAGCUACCCAGAGUCUUAUCAGCCUGCACCUGAAGAAAACACAGACACAGAUCACGAAGAGUCUCACACACUUCCAACGACUCAUCCAACGGCUGAUGGCGUAGUAACUGUUAGUGAAAACUCCACUUUACCCACAACUGAUGCAACAGCUUCAGAGAGCGGAGAGCCCUCAGAGCAUCAUAUCUCUGUGACUGACAGCCUGGAUACGCCAGCUGUUACUGCAACAUCUGGAACUGAUGCAAAUGAGCUCUUCAGCAGCUCUCCAGUGGCUCCUCAGGAGGGCGACCUUCCUGUUCUUCAAGAGGACCACACUCCAGAUGACCACCUGGAACUCGCCUCUGAAGUUGAGCUCGUCUACUUGAGCACCUCUUAUGAUGUUUCAGGGCAGCCAGAAGAGGCCAGCGCUGGGCCUGUUGAGGAGAUAUCAGCCGUGACUUCUUCACCCCACACCGAGGAAACAGAUGUUCACUCCACCACUCUGCUGCCAUCCUUUGACAACAGUACGCCUGAGAGCCUUCCAACAGAAGAGGCAUCUGGAGGGGAGGAGACACAAAACACUGUGACUCAAAGUUUGGCUGGUGUGGACACCUCUUCCCCCUCUGAGCUGGUCCCUACGUCUGAUUCAGGUGAUGAUCACACCACGGAGCACCCAGAAGUAACUGUGGAGUUGUCCAUCCUGGUCGAUCAUACUGAUGAGGAGUCUGAUGGCACGUCAGGGGAGACAGCACCAGAUGAUCAAACAGACCAGAGCGGACACUUCCACCCUGAAGACGUCUCCACAGCAGAGGUCAUCACAACCACAGCAGAGGUCAUCACAGCCACAGCAGAGGUCAUCACAGCCACAGCAGAGGUCAUCGCAGCCACAGACGACUCCAGUGUGAACGCUCCGGUCUUAAACAGUGAUCCAGUUACUCUGAUGACAUCCCCUGUAUCUGUAACCCUGUCUCCACCUGCUGUGGAGGUUGAAGCCAGCUCCCCAGAGAUUAUAACCUUCAUACCCGAAAGCAAUACUUCAUCUGGGGCCGAACCUCAGGAGGACAUCCAGGACAAACUUGAACAGGAGGUAUUAGGAGAAAGCCCAGCGGUAUUUCUCAACACACCCCAAAAUAUCACAGAAAGUGAUCCGGAGGGGACGGAGCGAGAUGCCAGAGAGGGAUCAGGUGAAUCCUCAGGAGAAAGCCCAGAGGUGACACCGGAACUGCUGCUGACAAAUCCAGCUCACUCAACGGACCACACUUCAGAGGAAAAUGACAAUGAGGAUGCCACUGAUCCACCAUCAUCUUCAUCAGAUAUAAAAAUCACAUUGAUCCCUCAUCUGACCCUCACACCCGGCUGGGAGCCAGAGCCUUCCUCCUCCACACUACAGGAGUCUCGCUCUGAGCAGGAACACAGCGCUGAGCUGCCUGUCACUGAGGAAUCUGAUGAUGCCUCUAACGAGCAGGAGGUCGUGACUGAGAUCACCACUGCUGGCAUCAAUGAACAUGGAUCAGAGGGACAUGAGGGAGAGAGCGGCACCAACGAGCCUCCAGUUAAAGUUUGCACGUGGCAUGCCGAUGAGGAGGAAACCAACGCUCCGACUCAUGCCGCCGACAGCAGCGAUGUGACGAUCACUGCUCCCACCAUGUUCCCACAGUAUCCCGCCCUGGCUGCGUCCCUGCCUGCUGCCAAAGUGUCUGCUGUCAGACCAGGAGCCAUGUCAGACUCCUGCCUGGAGAACCCGUGUUUGAAUGGAGGCACUUGUGUCGACGGUGAAUCAACACAAUGUCUUUGUUUGCCUGGUUAUGGAGGAGACUUGUGCCAGACAGACGUGGAGGUGUGUGAGCCCGGCUGGGAGAAGUUUCAGAGCUUUUGUUACCGUCACUUUGCCAAGAGGCAGAGCUGGGAGGCGGCUGAGCAGCACUGUCGCAUGUGUGGAGGACAUCUACUUUCUGUCAUGACCCCUGAGGAGCAGGACUACAUCAACGACAAAUACAGAGAAUAUCAGUGGAUCGGACUGAAUGACAGAACCAUCGAGGGAGACUUCCGCUGGUCGGACGGGAACCCUCUGCUCUAUGAGAACUGGUUCAGAGGUCAGCCUGACAGCUACUUCCUGUCAGGUGAGGACUGUGCGGUGAUGGUGUGGCACGACGGCGGCCGCUGGAGCGACGUGCCGUGCAACUACCACCUGUCCUACACCUGCAAGAAGGGCAUCUCAUCCUGCGGUGAGCCCCCCAAAGUUCCCAACGCUAAGGUGUUUGGGAAGAAACAUUUGCGCUACGAGACCAACACCAAGGUGCGGUACUACUGUGAGGACGGUUUUGUGCAGAAACUGAAUCCGGUCAUCAAAUGCCUGCCCGGUGGCCAAUGGGAAGAGCCUCUGAUUGCCUGCAUCCCAACCCCGUUGAUGGAAGAAGACCCAGUUACCUCACUUCCCUCCCAACACGAGGUGGUGAUGGAGGCCAUGGAGGUGAUGGGAUCAGCCACAGAGAAAGCAGCUCCACUGUUCUGGGACAUUAAGUGGAAUGUCUGAAGCCAUCCUGCCUUUUUUUACGAAACAAUAUUUCACCUCCUGGUUUCCCCGUUUUCUUGUGUCUCAAAGACUUUCCUGUCCAGUCUGUGUUAAAGUGUACGAAUCUAAUCUUUCAUCUUAACGUCACGUCAAGGCCACAGAUCUUACAGUCAUGGAAAAUCUGGAAAACUUGAAUCCAAACAUGUGUUCUUUAGAUAAAGAAUGUUACAGAAACUUAAAGCAAAUUUGGCCACAUUAAAAAAAACACUCCAAGCCUGAAUGUUUCUUGAUCCCGAGAUCCCUGAAAAAAAGGCCAUCCAACAUUUCUUAUAAAACAGUUGUAUGAAGAGAUAA